AUGCUUUUCUCAAGAGACUUUAUCACACUUUUGGCAUUCGCCGCCGUUGGUGCAGUAGCUGCACCAGUUGCAGAACCUCAACCAGAAGCUAAAGCGGAUGCUUCUCCAGCAGACUAUGGUGACUAUGGUGACUAUGGUAACUAUGGAAACUAUGGCACAUAUGAGAAAUAUCCAGUUCCUUCUUCCUCAUCCUCCAAGCCUACACCAGCCCCUACUGGAUAUGGUAGCUAUGCCAAUUACGGUGCCUACAAGAACAAGAAAGUUAGAGAAGUUCCAGCAGAAAAACGUGCUGAUUAUGGAAACUAUGGAGAUUACGGUAACUACGUGAACUACCCAGGAGUUCCUUCAACCUCCUCAUCCGCUACACCAACACCAAAACCAACCUCUUCAUCCGUUAAGCCAACACCAACCUCAUCAAGCUCCUCCGUUAAACCAACUACAACCUCAUCUACCGCACCAACUCAAACCGGAUAUGGUUCAUACGCAAACUACGGAGCAUACAAGAACAAGAAAGCACGUGCUCCAGAAGCCGAUCCAGUAGACUAUGGAAACUACGGUGAUUACGGCAACUACGAGAACUACGCUCCAGUGCCCACCACAUCUACCACAUCAACCACCACCACCACCAUCAAAACCUCCACCACAACUGCAACUCCCACCGCAACCGGCUACACCAACUACGGAUCUUACGAUCACUACAAGCGAGUCGCUGCCGAAGCUGAGAUUAUCGCUUAA